UUUAAAAGCAAUCAACUCUGAAGAGCGUUGUGACUCUGCAAUUUAAUUUGAUUUCCUUUAUUAACCAAUUUCCUUUUCUUCUUGUUUCUUCUGUUAAUUGUGUAGCUGAUUGAGAGAGAACCUGUUUGGUUGUGAUCUCUUUUUGUCUUCAAUUUGGUGAUCGCCGUUGGUGUGACUUGGAUUCUCAUCCUCAUCUUAUUCUCAUCUGUUUGGUGCGUUUUUUGUUUACACGCGAGUUAUGGAUAAUAUUGAGAAUGUUAUUCGACUGAUUGGUUCGACUUAUGGACAACAAGCGUUCAAUUCGAUCGCAACUCGUGAGAAACAGAUUAGUGAACUUUUGUCGAAAAGACGAUCGCCGAUUGAAGCCUGGGAUGAGAUGAACAUCGAACUGUUAUUGCAAAGAUUAUCCUUGAUGGAGAGUAAUAAUUUCCUUCAUAAUUGUGGAAUUGGUGAAAGAGAAUCAAGAUUUUUCUCUUCGAUUGUCGCUCGUCGACAUUUCAACAUGGGUCAUGAUGGAAGGUCAGGAGAUAUCAGUGAAAUCCAACCUAAAGCUGCUGGUUCAUCGUUGGUCAACAUUCUGGCCAAUAACCUUGUUCUGGAUAUCCUCAAAAAGGUUGGAACUCCCAAUACAAAAAGUGCUCUUAUUGUCCCAUUAGCAACUGGAAUGAGUUUGACACUUUGUUUACUUACUUUCAAACAAUCUCGACCUGAAGGCAAAUUCGUGAUUUGGCCUCGGAUUGACCAAAAAUCUUGUUUCAAAUCAAUUAUAACCGCGGGUUUGAUCCCAUUGAUUGUUGAGAAUGUUAAAAAAGGCGAUUCAUUAGCAACCGAUAUUGAUGAAGUAUCUAAAUUGAUUGAGAAACAUGGACCCGACAAAAUUGUCGCUAUUAUGUCAACAACAUCUUCAUUUGCUCCACGAAUUCCCGAUGACUUGAUUGGACUGUCCAAACUCGCUGCCUCACACGAAAUACCUCAUUUAGUUAACAACGCUUAUGGAAUAGCAUCAACCAAAUGCAUGUCACUUAUUGAUCAAGCCUCACGCUCAGGUCGUGUUGACAUUUAUAUCCAAAGUACGGACAAAAAUUUCCUGGUUCCUGUUGGUGGGGCCAUUAUUGCGGGAUUUGAUUCAACCAUUGUCAACAAGAUCAGCAGCAAUUAUCCAGGUAGAGGAUCAGCUGUACCAUCAAUGGAUAUUUUGAUAACAAUACUACAUUUAGGACUCAACGGAUACCAAAAGCACCUUAAAGAAAGACGAGUACAAAUGGACUACCUUGUGGAACAAUUAAAAUUAGUGGCCUCACAAUUUGGAGAACGGGUUUUAGAGACUCGAGAAAAUAAAAUCUCAGUCGCAAUGACAUUGGACAACUUUUCUCAGCCCGAUGGCAAAGAGACCGCCAUUGGGUCAAUGUUAUUCGUUCGCGGUGUUUCCGGAGCUCGAGUUAUCGCCGCCAAUAGUUCAACCAAAAAUAUAUCGGGCUACAAAUUCACCAAUUGGUGUUCACAUUGUAACAAUUAUGGUCACUCAUAUUUAACCGCUGCCGCUGGACUCGGUGUAACCAAAGAUGAUAUCGAUAGUUUUGUUAAACGAUUGAAAAAUUUACUCACUGAUUUGUAUCAAAAAUCAACUCAGAAAUCAAAAUAAUAUUUCAAAAAAGAGGAAAUAAAUUAUUUCAAAGAUGAA